AUGGCACAGAACACGCCGGCAGCCUCAACGGCUCCCCACGAGCCUCCAUACGCUUUUGACCGCAACCGCGGGUACGAGAACACAGAGCCUGUGCCCGCAGAGCUGGCAGGCGCUGCCCCGCGAAAUGCCCCGCCUCAGAACGAUGACGACGAGGAUCUCGACGACAUUUUCGACGACAACGAAGAGAUAAUAGAGGAUGACGAUGGCUGGGACCCCAGCUCGAGCGAUCUCACAAAGUCUUACAACAGACAACGUCAGUUCCACGACAACACCGCCGGUCCCGCCGCCGCCUUGCCCCGCUCGAAUGCGCAGAAACCCAGCGCAAACACAUUUGCGAGCAUCGACGACCAGAUCUCGGCCCUCUCCAAGCAUGCAGCCAAGAUCAGGCUUGACGAUGUCAAGCAGAACACAGAGAGGGACAAGGACAAGGCGGAUCGCGCCACGAGUGAGCUGGUCCUGGACCAGCGGACGCGGAUGAUCUUGCUGCAGAUGAUCAACCGUGGUGUAGUGAGCGAGAUCCACGGCGCGAUCAGCACAGGAAAGGAAGCCAACGUCUAUGGCGCUGUUCUGCACCCAGAAGGUGGGGCUGCUGCGAUACAGCGGGCAAUCAAAGUCUACAAAACGGCCAUCUUGGUCUUCAAGGACCGAGAGAGGUACAUUGCUGGAGAGCAUAGGUUCAAGUCUGGAACGGACAAGGGUAACAACAGGAAGAUGGUGAAGCUGUGGGCCGAGAAAGAGUUCAGGAAUCUACGGAGGAUACACGCGGCUGGCAUUCUGUGCCCGGAACCGAUCGCCCUGAAGCUGCACGUCCUCGUCAUGGACUUCUUAGGAGACAAGCGAGGCUGGGCAUAUCCGAGACUUCGUGACGCACCGGUUAACACUGACGAGGAGUGGCGGAGUCUAUACAUCCAACUGCUUGGCAUAAUGAGGCGGCUGUACCAGGUUUGCAAGCUUGUACAUGCGGAUUUGAGCGAGUACAACAUCCUAUACAACGACAAGACGCUGUUCAUCAUCGAUGUCUCCCAGAGUGUGGAGCACGAUCACCCUAGGUCACUUGAAUUUCUACGGAUGGAUAUCAAGAAUGUCGGCGACUUUUUCCGGAGACAAGGUGUCGACAUAUUAGCUGACAGGACCAUUUUUAACUUCAUCACAGCCCCGGAAGGUGCUGUCGAAGAGCCGGGCCUAUCCCAAGCCGUUGAACAUCUCUAUGAGAUCCGAAUACCCGUUGAGGACAAUCCGCAAGCCUUGGCUGACCUAGAGGUUGAUAAUGAAGUCUUCAGGAAUCAAUACAUCCCUCAGACUCUGGAGCAGGUGUAUGACAUCGAGAAGGAUGCCAAAGCACUGGGUGAAGGCCGAGGAGAUGACCUCGUGUACCGCAACCUCAUUGCCGACCAGGUUGUCCUACCAAAUGACGAGACCGCCGAGAAGGAUGACGAGGAAGGAGGAUCCUCGGAUGACGAGUCGGACAGUGGUGCACCGCUAGACAGUGAUGAGAGUGGCGACGAGAGCCGAUUCGACAAGGGCAGGCCAAGGGGUCGCAAGCACGAGGAUAAGGAUGAGAAGAAGCAACACAAGGCGGCCGUGAAGGAAGCAAAGCGAGAGAAGCGAAAAGAGAAGAUGCCCAAGAGCCUGAAGAAACGGCUCGUAUCUACGACGUCUAGGAAAAAGAAAUAA